AUGUCCUGGCUCAUUCGAAAUGUGAAGACCCUGUCUCUGGGAUGCCUUGUCGCACAAAACUGCGCCCUGGUGUUGACGAUGCGCUACAGCUUGACGGUCCAAGGACCCCGUUACAUAUCGUCGACCGCCGUGGCCCUAAUGGAGAUGUUGAAGCUGGCUGUGUGCUUCGCUGUGGUUUACUUGGAAUCGGGAGAACUGAGGACCUUCUCGAAGAAAUUGCGCGUGGAAGUUGCCGGAAAGCCACGGGAAAUGGCGAAGCUCAUGAUCCCGGCCAUGCUGUACACCUUGCAGAACAACAUGUUGUACAUGGCCCUGGAGAACCUCGAUGCUGCGACCUACAGCGUCUGCUAUCAAACCAAAAUUCUCACCACGGCGCUCUUCUCUGUGAUUCUGCUACGGAGGAAGCUUAGCGCCACAAAAUGGGGGGCGUUGGUUUUGCUCGCCGUAGGAGUGGCCCUGGCUCAAUUGUCAAGUCAAUCGACGAACAGCCCCAAGGCAGAUGAAUCCUCCCGGGGGCAAUCUCCGGUGGUGGGGUUCUUGUGUGUCAUGGGCGCUGCAUGCACCUCGGGGUUCGCAGGGGUUUACUUCGAAAUGCUCCUCAAGGGAAGCAAGACAUCGUUGUGGAUCAGAAAUAUCCAAAUGGGCAUCCCCAGUAUCGUGCUCGCUUUUGGUAGCGUGAUUGUCAAAGAUUGGCGGGCCGUGACAUCGAACGGUUUCUUCUUCGGGUACGGCUGGGUUGUUGCGGCGGUAAUUGUACUGCAGGCGGUGGGGGGGCUGGUAGUUGCCGUGGUGGUAAAGUACGCCGACAAUAUUAGGAAAUCGUUUGCGACUGCGAUUUCCAUUAUUAUCUCCUGUGCGUUAUCCACUCUUUUCUUUGCCUUUAAACCUACUUUCCUUUUUUUCAUUGGCUCUGCUAUGGUAGUUGGGAGUGUUUUUCUGUACACGAAGCAAGAUCGACCUGCUAGGUUGCCUCUUUUCAACAAGGGCAGGAGUGUUACAAGAAGAGUGUAG